UGUGGCUGUGUGCCUCUGCGGCUGUCGUUCGAUGCUCGGCUCUCGGGCCCGUCCGUGCCACAGUGUGUACCAUAAACGCAGUUUCAGUGAGAGUUUGCGAUCCCGCGGGUACGGUCGGAACUAACGGGACUUCCUUAUCAGCUUGUGUCGCGAAUCGGUCGCGGGUUGUGCGUGCGCCGUGUGGCAAUCAUUUUGCAAAAGAAAGAUCCAGCCGGAGAAUGCCCCCAAAAUCUGUACAAAUCAAAGCCUCACAAAUUGGUUAAGCCGAUCCGAUCGGAAAAUAUGUGAAAAGUAGCAAGGAAAUGUGGAAAACGCAGCCCUCGUAGAGAACCCCCAGAAAAUCCAAAACAGAAACGUGUGCGUUUCCAGUGCGUUUCAAGUGCGCCUUUAGUCGCGUCAGUGUCGCGCGCUCUCAUACACAAAUUGUUAGUAAUCAGUUGCGAUAAAUAAGUUGUAAACCAAAUUCGCGCCAAAGAAUCAGCUACAGCAAAAUGUUUCCGGGUCAGAGAAAAGUGUGAAGAGAAGCAGAAAGGCGUUGCCACAGAGAAACUGCAGAGGAGACACAGUACACGAACCUGGACCAGGACCCACCAAAGCCGAGCCACUGCCAACGUCAAAGCUCUUCCACAGACUGCAAAGACCACACACAGAACACAGAUCGAGAGCAGGGCCAUCAUGGGCCAGGCCUCGCUCUUCUGCUGCCACUGCUGCUGCCUGCUGGUGUGCCUCGUCCUGUCCACGCUAAAUGGCCCGGCGGCUGGAGCAACACGUGUCCGUGUCAGCUCCUCCACGACCAUGACACGCAACAUCGAGGAGGAGAACGCUUUACUUUUGCUUUUGGCUGGUCCGCCCGUUCUUUCCGAGUCCAUAAUGGGCACCGUCGGCCUACUUCCCUGCAACGUGACGCCGCCCAUUUACGAGGAUCGUGUGGCAUUGGUAAUCUGGUACAAGGUGGGCCUGAAGACGCCCAUUUACAGUGUGGAUACAAGGGACUCUAACUUUGACCGGGGCACCCACUGGUCAGACGAAACGUAUCGGGAACGGCUGUCCUUUAACGUGACAGGCCGUGCCGGCACGCUGAGCAUCAAGUCAACAACGGAGGACGAUACGGGCGAAUACCGGUGCCGCGUAGACUUCCAGAAGAGUCCGACGCGUAACUCCAAAGUGAAUUUAACAGUCAUAAUUCCGCCCGAGUCCGUCAUCAUUUUGGACAGCAAGGGGGCCACCAUCAAGGACCACACACUGGGGCCCUACAACGAGGGAUCCGCCAUUAACAUUACGUGCGUGGCCAUCGGCGGUCGGCCACAGCCGAGGGUUACCUGGCUGCAUGGGAAUACCAUCUACAAGAACGCCAGUGUGGGCCAGUCCCUCUCGGAGCGGAGGGUGGGCAAUGUCCUAUCGCUGGCGCGCCUGGAGCGCAGGAAUCUCCACAUGCAGCUUACGUGUCGGGCGGAGAACAAUAAUUUGACAACGCCAAUUAUCAGCAGCGUUGUCCUCGACAUGAACUUGCGUCCUUUGAUUGUUAAGCUGCAGGGCGAGAACCGGCCCCUGUCGGCGGGAAAUUCUUAUCAACUGAGUUGCGUUGUCAUCGGGGCACGUCCAGCGCCGACGAUUACCUGGUGGAAGGGCAGCAGCCCCAUGAAGAACACCCACGAGAUUGCCAAUCCGGAUGGAAAUAUGACCACCUCGGUGCUAACAUUCACGCCCACCAUCGAUGAUCGCGGCAAGUUCCUGUCCUGCCGCGCCGAACAGAGCAUGAUACCCGAAUCGGGCAUGGAGGAUGGCUGGAAAUUGGACAUUUAUCAUAUCCCCGUUGUGAGCCUGGAGCUGGGCACCAACUCCCUGAAUGCUACGCUGCGCGAGGGCAUCGAUGUCUUCUUCGAGUGCAACAUCAAGUCGAAUCCGUGGAUCUACAAAGUCAGUUGGCGGCACAAUGGUGCCAUCCUAGCCAACAAUCCCGCCGAAGGCAUCGCCGUGUCCAACCAGAGUUUGGUGCUGCAGAACGCCAGCCGGGCCCGCAGCGGCAUCUACACCUGUGUGGGGAGCAACCGGGAGGGCGACGGCGAGAGCAAUCCCGUCCAGCUGGACAUACGAUUUGCACCUGUCUGCCGUGGCGGCCAGAGGACAACUUACAGCUCCGGGCGCCACGAGACGGUGAAGGUGGCCUGCGAGAUCGAUGCCAAUCCCAUGGAGGCCACCUACGUGUGGAAGUUUAAUGCCAGCCAGGGCGAAACCGUGGACAUACCCGCCUCCCAGGUGGCCGUCGACAGGGGCAGGAGCAUCGCCCACUACACGCCCAUGACGGAGAAUGACUACGGAACACUGUUGUGUUGGGCCACCAACGAGAUUGGCGAUCAAAGUGACCCCUGCGUGUACACAAUAGUCCCUGCAGGCGAACCGGAUCCGUUGCUAAAUUGCACGGUACUCAAUCAGACAUCGACGGGCUUCCAAAUCGAGUGCAUCGAGGGCUUUGACGGUGGUCUGCAACAGGAAUUUAUAAUGGAGGUUUAUAUGAAUGGAACGACACGCAAUCCAAAAGUUUCCAGAUUAAACCGACCGUACUUCGAGGUGAGCGGCCUAGUGCCCGGCAUGGGCUACAAUGUCUUCCUCAUCGCCAACAACACCAAGGGACGGAGCAAUGCGACCAUUUUGCAGGUCUACACACUGAAGGAUCCCGAAAAGCAGACGGUCAGAAUCACAUUUACAAAGUUCUAUCAGGGACGCAGGCCCACAACCACCGCGAUGGCCACCACCAGCGACUGCAUAUGCAAUGAGGAGGAGUUCCUUGGAGUGGGGAAGGGCAAGGUCUUGGGCCACGAUGCGGGCACGGCAGUGCAGGAGCAGGAUGAGGAGCAGGCAGAAGACCUGUCGCUGGCCUAUGCACCCGUCAUCGAGGAUAUCCGGCCUUUCCUGGGCAUCCUAGCGGGCAUUGUGGGCAGCGUGUUCCUGGUGGCGCUCAUCAUUGUGAUUGUGGUGCGAGUGCGCGGCUCAACGGGACGCGAUCGCAAUAAUUACUCGCAUCCAGGCAGCGGAGGAGGAGGUGGCACUGGCAGUGGCGCUACUGGCAGUGCGGGAAUCGGAGGUCCUGGUGGCACCACCGCCAAUGGCAAUGGCAGUCUGGGCCUCCUCGCGAGCAACAAUAAUGGAAGUCUGGGCAUCGGCGGCACCCUUGCCCACAAUGGCGGACAAUCAGUGCAGGAUAUGCAUCGCAUCGGCAGGGACACCUGCCACGUGACGAGCAGUCUGGAUAGCAUUGACAAGAAUCCGGACAUCAUACCGCAAGAUGGCCACGACGUGGACGAUGAGUGGACAACGAAGGGUCACAGUCGGGCCUAUGCCACGGCUGCCCUGGCCGAACAGAACGCCGUCAUUACCUCCAGCACCUAUGAUCACCUGAUGCCCACGUAUGCGGUGGUCGACAAGAAGACCGGGGGCCCGCCUCCCGGCCACGGCCCCUAUAUACAGUAUAAUACGCUUAUACCCGUUAGCAAAAUGGGCGCUUACGCCAAUCAACAUCAGCAGCAGCAACAGCAGCAUACACAUCCGCACCAGCAUCAGCACCAGCUACAGGGAGUGCCGCAGCAACAGAAGACUGAACUAAGCUACAGCGAUUUGACAGCUCCGAUGGUGGGCAGUGCCGUGGGCGUCCAGCGUUUGGCACCGUACUGCAGCGCCACAUUGGGCAGGCCAGGCCGGGGUCAGACGGAGCUGAAGCGGGCCGAACCGAAUAUCUACUCGCAGGUAAAUGUCAUGAUGGAUGAUGAGAUACUGGCCGACCUCCAGGCGGCCACAGCGGCCGGUGGCACCUAUGUGGCCGGGGCUGUGGUGGACAAUGUGGGCGGCCGUGGUGGCGCCUCCUGCUCCUCGGCUCUCUACCUACAAGGCUAUGCCACGCGUAUCGAUCUGGCACACCAUCCCAUGCCCAUGUACUCCACCAGCCCGAUGUUCGCCACGAACAGCACCAUCACCGGAGUCACCAUGUCACAUCCAUCACAAAUGGCCACCUUCUCGCCGACGCCGCCGCCGCCCAUCUUCACACACAGCGUGAUGACCGCCACUGGCGAGGGUGGACUUCUCCAACCGGUGACCUGCAUGGGUCUUGUGGCAGCCACAUCUUCGGGAGCGGGACAACAGCACCAGCAACAGCACCAGCACCAGCACCAGACAACGGCAAAUGGCGGAAACGGAAGCAUUGUCGGCGUCAAUGUGGGCAUGAGCCUUUAUGGCAGCGAUGUGGGCAAGCCGCAGCUGCUGAAGACCGUGCCCGAGGAGAUGCACCAUCAGCUGAAUGGCGAGGAUGUCCUGAUCGCCCAGGAUCGUAAUCAUGGCACCGGGACACGCUUCUGACGCUAAAUAUUAAGGAGUGGAAAGAGUGCAGGAGCAGCAGCUGAUCGAAGAGGUUCCCAGUGAAGAUCUGAGGCUACAUCGGGGGAGGAUACUCGUACCCCAAAGGAUCAUCGGAAGGUCAGCAAAUCAAAAGAAAAGUCGGGAAUCGGGGGAAUAAUUGGUAAACAAAUUGACUAUAAGUUGUAUGUGAUGGAGGAAGGAUUGAAAGGAUGAUUUUAAAGGAGUCCGAGUACUGGAUGAAUGGUUAAUGGAAGGAAGAACCUAGAACCUAGUUAGGGCACUUUUUAAGGGGCACAGUAGAUGGAUUGUGAGGAUAAAAAGGAGAGCUGAAACCUGUAAAAAGAUAACAAUAAAUACAUUUUGCAUGAAACAGAAAGCAGAAAACGGAAGCCAGAAUGGGAUUCCCCACUUAGUUCAGUAAGAUGUCGUGUAAAUUAUGGAAUACAAUUAACAUUUAUAGCUAUAAUUUUAGCCAUAAUUAAUAAACAUUUUGUAGCAGAGCAGACACUGCACUGCAGGAACGCAAAACUGAAUUGUUAAUAUAUUUUUAAAGAAAAGAACAGCAGCUUAAAGCGGCAGGAAAACGCGGAAAAACUUUUAGUAAAGUAAAUCAAUUCACGAAUGUUGUUUACCCUUUGGUUCGUACUCCCAGAGAACCCCCAGAUACAUCCUCAUUAUCCACUCUUAUGCUUGUAACUAAGGCAUAAGACAACAUACACUUACCAGACAGAUAAAUCAAAUCCGAAUAGAUCUAAGACCCUUCCCCCUCUAGAUUAGGUCAAAUUGUAAUUAAAAGAAUCGUCAAAGAGAAUUUAAAGAAAAACUAGUCUUAAGAAAAGGGGAGCCUCCCAAAGGAGCAGCAAAUUCCAGUUUGCAUUUUAUACGUAAAGGAAAAACGAAAAUCGAACUUAGUUUAAGCUACUUAUAAUAGUACUAAACACUAAAUGGAGAUAUGAAAACAUACAUUUAAAAUUAAACAAUAAAAUGGAUAAAAAAUAAAAUCUAAAAUGCCAAGCAGCUGCAUGUAAAAUAUUUAACUGACAAUGUAAUAAGUUUUAGGCUAAAGUUAAUAACAAUUAAACCUAAUAAAAUGUAUGAAACAAAACGAAGUAAAA